UCAUAGACACCAGGCUGAACAUAUUAACUCAAUUUUGGAUUUAGACAAAAUGGAAAUUAUUUCAUCAAAACGAUUCAUUUUGUUGACUUUAGCCACUUCAAGCUUACUGACAUCAAACAUCUUCUGUACAGAUGAAUUAAUGAUGCCCCAUUGUCACAGCAAAGAAAAGGAUGACAAAUAUUCCCAGCCCAGAGGAAUCACAAAAGGGGAAAAGGAACGAAGUGUCAGUUUUCAGGAACUAAAAGAUUGGGGGGCAAAGAACGUUAUUAAGAUGAGCCCAGCCCCUGCCAACAAAGUGCCCCACUCAGCAGCCAACCUGCCCCUGAGAUUUGGGAGGACCCUGGAGGAGGAAAGAAGCCCCAGGGCAUGGUCCAACAUGGAGGCAAUGAUCUUGAGCCGUGUUCCCAGCCUGCCACAAAGGUUUGGGAGAACAACAGCCAGAAGCAUCCCCAAGACCCCGAGUCAUCUGCUACAGAGAUCCUUGCAUUCGCUGGCCACCAGUGAGCUGCUCUACGCCAUGACUUGCCAGCAUCAAGAAAUCCAGAGUCCUGGUGGGAAACAACCACGGAGACAAGCAUUCGUGGAAUCAGAUGAUGAAGAAGGGAAACACGAAAAAUAGGAAACCUGGAACCCGCCCUUCAAGAUGCUGCGAAGCUGUGACCUGUAGUCUAAGCAGCUCUGUGUUGUUGGCAAGGAAGAGCAUCAAUUUUUCCCGUCAGUAUAGGUUAUGUUGAUGGUUAUUAACUAAGUCGAGAGUAUUUGUAAUGUGAAGUCGAAGUAACUUUCAUCAGAA